AUGAGUAUCUUUAAGUCAUUUAAAAAACAGUCCAAAACUAAUAACACAGUAACACUUCCGAAUCACAAAAAUGAAUUUUAUAUCUCAUUUAAUAAAUAUUUUACAAGUUAUCUAUCAACACAUCAUAUUUCUGAGUUAGAAAAAUGUAUUGAAACAUUUUUUAAAAUUCCAAGUGAAAAAAUACGUGAUUUACCAAUGGUUUCUACAUUCUCUAAUACAUUGGUUAAUAUUUUUAUUAAGGCAUUAAAUCCUAUUACUACUGAUAAAUUAAAUUGGUUAAUAGGUACAAAAAUACAAUCAUUACCAGAUGGACAAGAAUUAUUUAAAUGUCUUCAUGACUUAGCUCAAUUUGGUUCUGGAGAAAUAUUAACAGUAUUUGAUAGUAAUGAAUUUGUUAAUAAAAUUACUGACUUAUAUUCUUUUUUAAUCCAAAUAGAAAAGAAUGAAUAUUCAGAUUUAUUAUCGUUAUUGAUGUCAAUGAUUAUUCUUAUUGUACCUCCUAUACCAAAAAAACCUUUACCAUCUGGAUUAUUAGUUUUACGAUUUGAUAAACCUGAUAUUCAAAUUUAUUUACUUCCUGUGUUUCAAACUAUUACUCACGCUCAUAUGGAUCCAGAAUUAAUUCAAGUGGUUGCAAGAGAAGAGUCAGUACAAAUAUCUAUAAAAGCUCUUGAACAAGCAAAACCAAAUAAUGAUACAUUAAGACUUGUUGAAUCAUAUCUUUCUUUUGUUAAAAAUACUGCAUUAUUAUCUGAUGCUAUUUUAAAUUGUGUUUCAAACAAUGGAUUUUAUGAUGUACUAUUAAUUCUAUUAAUUGAAUCGGAUAAAGAAUUAAUUGCAGGAGUUGAUGGAGUUUUAGAUGUGAUAGCACCUUUAAUGUUCUUUGGAGAUUUUACACCAACAAUUCCAAUAAAUGAUGAAUAUAAUAAUACUACAAGAAUAUUAGCAAAUAGAUAUCCUUAUUUCCUUGUAAGAAAUAAAUAUAUUCCAUUGUUUUUACAAAAUUAUUUAUUAAAAACAAAUCGUGAAGAAGGAAAAUUACAUACUAUGAAAAUAAUUGAAAGAAUCUAUCGUGAAAAUCCAAUGAAUUAUUUAGUUUUACAUUCCAUUAAUUAUACACCUAAAUUAUAUUCAAUAUUUGAUCAAGUAUCUCAACCAGUAAGAGAUGUUAUGCUUUCUUUAUGUGUUUAUUUGUCUCGUUGCCAAAAAUUUGUGCCAUAUAAUGAAAUUGAAACUAUUACAACUCAUUUAACAAUUGAUAAAAUUAAUAAACAUCCUGAAUUAGUUAGUGCAUUUGAUUAUUUAACAAAUCAAUUACUUAUUGAUAGUAAAGAAUAUCAAAAAAUAUUUGAACAAACAGGAAUGACUAUUAAUGCAAUUACUGUUUUUAUUUAUUUUGCUACUCAUUCAAAUGAAACAAACCAAAGUAUUGUUUUACAAGGAAUGAUUACUUUAAUCACUCGAUUAAUGAAUCAUUCUGUUAGUAAUUUUACAUUAUUUAAAGAAACUACUGCUAUGACAGCUGCAUUAUCAUUGUUUAAACAAAAUAUAAAUUUAAGAAGAGACUUAACAAAGUUAUUUACAGCCGUUAUUGAAUAUUAUGAUCCAAUUCAAACUACUGAUUUAUUAAAGAAAAUGAUAGAGCCACUAGAAACAGAUCCAUCUCCAAUUAUUUUAUUAAAAUGUGUUUGUGCAAUGUUAUAUAGAAGUUCUCAAGUAAAAGAAUCAUUUAGACAAUUAGGAGGAUUUGAAUUUUAUAAAAGAUUAUAUAAAUAUUGGAAUUGGUCACUUGAAAGUAUUCCAACAAAUGGAAUAACUGAAGAUCGUUAUUCAUUUAUUGAAUAUUGUUUUGUUGCUAUGAUUUAUGCUAUGAAAGGAAGUAAAGAUAAUAGAAAACAUUUUGAUGAAACAUUUAAAAAUGGAGAAUUAAUUCAAUUUAUUCAAAAUUCUCCAUUUUUAAAUGAAGAAAAUAAGUCUAAAUAUUCAGAAAGGAUGACAUGUCUAUUAAUUGCAAUUAUCUUUGAAAUACCUGAUAUUGAUAAAGUUCAAAAUCUUGGAAUAUUUACAAAACCUGUUGGAGGAGUAUUAGUUUAUCAUCCAUUUGUUCUUCAUUCAUUAAUUAGAUUAAUACGUUUUGCUCUAAAUGUUAAGCAACAACAGCUUGUUCUUAAGUUUUUAACAUUAACAUCAAAAGAAGAUAUUAACGUUAGAAAAAUGUCAUUUGAACAUAUUGCUACAACAUUGAUUAAAGAAUUUAAAGAAGAUAUUACAAAAGAAUCAGAUUUACAUAACACAUUAUUAGAAUUAUUAAAUGAAUUAAUUGCAUAUGGUGUAGAAAUAGAAGAUGUUUCAGUGUUAAUGAAAUCAUUAAAAGAACAACCUUAUGAUGAAGGUGUAUUAAAAUGUUUAUUAAACUCAACAAUUAAAGCAGAUAGAAAUGGAGCAUUAAGUUUUAACACAGCACCAAAUGGAUAUUCAUGUUUAUCUAUUCCAGUAGAUACAACACAAUUUCCCUUACAACAAUGGAGUAUUACAACAUGGGUAAAUUUACCACCAGUUGUUAGUGAAUUAUCUUUAUUUCAAAUUUAUCAAAAUAUAAAUGGAUCAGAGCAAAGUUUUUUGCAAUUAAUUAUGAAUCCAAGUGGGUUAAGAGUUAUAUACGGUUCAAAGGUAAUAUUUGAUAAUAUGCCAUUACCAAGAAAAUGGAAUCAUAUUGUUUUAGUAGGAAAAGGAAAGAAGAUUACAUUAUAUAUUAAUGGAUUAUUAAAAUCAACAGCUAAAUUAAUAAAUUAUACUCCAACUCCAUAUCGUUGUGUUAUUGGACAUUCAAAAGAAAAUAAAGUAAUACCAAAUGCAGUUUUUAAAAUAGGACCAUUGAAAAUGUUGGAAUAUCCAUUUUCUGAUCAGCAAAUUAGAGAGUUAUAUUUAUUAGGAGAAAUGUAUCAAGGAAGUUUCCAAACAAUUGAUUAUUCAAGAUAUGAAGUUUUACCAAAUUAUGAUUCAAAUGACAUCAAUGUAAUUCAAAGUUUUACUAAUAUAAAAUCAUUAACUUAUUCAACAUUUAAUUUAAAUAUUCCAGAACAAUCUAUUAUUAUUAAUACAGAUCGUAUAUUAACUCCUUAUGCUUUAAAUUCAUGUAUUGCAUUUGGAACAGUAAAUUUAGCAUCUCCUCAUGAUAUUACAGAUGGAAUUUAUAAAGUAGGAGGAAUUGCAUUAUUAUUGGCAUUAAUAUUAAAGUCAGAUACAAAGAUAAAAUUUGAUUUAUCAUUAAAAUUACUUCUUUAUUCAUUAAGAAAAUCAGAAGAUUUAUUUGAAGAAAUGAAACAAUGUCAUGGUUUUGAUUUAUUAAAUCUUUUUAUUUAUCGAAAACCAUCUUUAGUUACAACAGAGUCUAUUAUGACAUUAUUAUUAUUUUCUGGUGUUGAUCCUACAAAGAAAGAUUCUGCUGUAAUUUCUUCACCAAAUGCUUUUGACAUAUUAAUAUUAGACUUUUCAUUGUUUCAUAGAAUGGAAGAUCCACAAACAACAUUUUUAUUUAUUCUUCAGUCAUUUGUUUCGUUAAUUUAUAAUAAUAAAUAUGCACAAAUCAAUAUUAAUAUUUUACGUUCUUUACAUUUUUUGUCUAGACUAAUUGAUUUGUUUCAAGACGAUACUAUUGAUGAUGGAGUUAUUCAAAUUAUUAUUAAUUUAUUACAAUAUUUCUUACUUCAUAGUUGUACUGGUGAUGAUUUAAAGUUAUUAGUUAGAUUAUUAAUUCAUUUUAUUUCUGUAAUGGAUGACAAACAAUCAACAUCACUUCUAAUUCAAAAGUCAGAAUUAAGGUGUAUUUCUUUAAUUAAAUUAAUCAAUUUCUUAUCAACUAAUUUGAAAGAUAAAACAACGUUAUUAUCUAUAUUUACACCAAGUAUUUUGUUUCAUAUGUUAUCACUUCAGUCAUUACCAAUAAAUAUUGUUAUUGCUGUUAUGAAGUUAUGUGCAUCAUUCAUGGCUGUUGGUUCUCAAACAAAACAACUUUUUGUAAAUCAAUUUAAUAAAGAAAAAGGAAUUAUAUUCAUUAAUUUUCAAUUACCUCGUUGUACUGAAUCAAUUGAUGUUGUUUAUGUAUUGUUAGCUUUAAUUACAUGUCAAGUUGUUCCUGAUAUUGUUUCUGAUUCAUUUGAACAAUAUCAAAAAAUGCCAUUUUCAACUGUUUCAAUCCAAUCACCAGAAUAUAUAUCGUCAUUAUUAAAAUUACUUAGAUUUCAAAUUGUUCAACUUCAAGUCGCUACAGAUUCUACAGUUGAUAUGAUGAAUUUAGUUCAAUUCACUGGAAGUAUAAUCAGAACAUUAAUGGAACAACAAGAAAUAGCUACUUAUGUAUUUAAUGAAUGUUUAAAUGAUUAUAUAUCAAUAUUAGUUGAUAAAAAUGGUUAUUUCAAAAUGGGUCAUCCACUUGAACCAUUAUUCCAAAGACAUAUUGUUGCUUUAGGAAAUGCUUUUGCUUUUCAAAUGGUUCAAAUUGGAAAUAAAAAUAUUAUAGCACAUGAAUUAUUAUAUGAAAAUAGUUCAUUCUUAAGAGAUGAAGAAGAAGAAAUCUUUAUGAUGAAUAUUUUACAAGCCAUAGGUAAUUCUGUAUUAAAUCAAUUUAAUGGAGAGGUUAAUCUUGAUAGAGUUGCACCUAUAAUUGCAACAUUUGUUAAUGGAAGAGUAGAUUUUAUAUUAACAAAUAUCACACCUAACGAAGAUUUGGUUAAUAUUAUGAGAGAUGUUAUAAAAUAUAUUAAGAUUGCUCAAUUAUCAGGAAAAAAGACCCGAUCAAUUUAUCCGUUAUAUGAAGCAUUAGACAGAAUUAUAUUAUUAUUAUUUGAUCGUAGAAUUGACUCAGAACUUGAAAGUACUUUAGAAAUUAUAAAUAAAGACAUCGACAUUAUAUUUAAUGAUAUUAACUAUAAUGAACAAUUCAUUUAUAUGUUACUUCAUUCAUUAAUUAGAAAUAUAUAUCAAACAAAUGGAACUACUCAACAAAUGUUAAGCACACUUUUAAGUAUAGUUUCAAAUAAAAGGGGAUUGUUAAUUUCAAGAAUUUUCCAAACAAAAAUCAAGAUAAUUGAAUGGUUAAAUUCUUCUCAUCAAAUGACAUCAAAACAAAUUUGUGAAUGGCUCCUUCAAAAUAAAGAUGAAAUGUUAAAAGCAGAUAACGAAUGUUUAUUAAAACAAUCUACUCAAUGGAUAACUGAUGAAUCAGGAAAAUUGGCAUUAGUCAAAGGUCCAAUAGAACAAAGAAGAAAGGAUAGAAUUAUUUUAAAUGAACAGUCGGAGGCUCAAAGAAUUGAAAGUAUCAGAAGGAUUCAACAAAAGAAUAGACAAGUUAGAGCAAGGGUAUCAGUAUUACUUAAAGAUGCUGCAGAACAACGAAAUGAACAUUUUAGAGCUCUUCAUGCACAAAGUCAAGGAGUUUGGGAAUCAUUUGCAGAAUGUUUAUUUUUAGAGAAUGGAAUAUGGCAUAAACAAGAAGAAGGAAAAUGGACAUUGGACAAUGUUGAAGGUCCAUGUAGAAUGAGAAAAAGAUUAAUUCAUGAUACUGACUUCUUCGAGAGAUAUAAAACAAAAGAACAUGAUGGAUAUAUUGAUGUCCAACUUAAAGAAAGACACCAAGAAAGAAGUUAUGAAUUACCAGAAUAUCUAACUGUUAUGGACGAUAUAGAAGUAGCAGAAACAUUUUCAAGAACUCCUAAUAGUCCAAUGCCAGACUUCAAGGAUCCAAUGAGAAAGAGAAGAGCCUCAACAGCAACAUAUGAAGAUGAUUUAUAUAAUAUGAUGAAAACAACAGUUGAAACUUCAACUAGUAAUUUAAACUUUGUAGAAAAGGGGGAUGAAAUAAAAUCAAAAUUUAAUUGUAACUUAGUUGUUGGAAUGAAUAAAUUACCAGGAAUAUUUGUUGUAUGUACACAGUCAAUUUAUAUUGUACAAGGAUUGGAACUUAGAAGGGAAGUCUUAGUUGCUAAAGGAAUUGUAAAAACUGAACGAAUACCAAGUGAAGAUAUUCAAAAUAUUGCAUCUAGAAGAUUUAUGUUACGAAACAUUGCAGUUGAAAUAUUUACAUCAACUGGUAGAAAUAAACUCAUUGUAUUUGAAGAAGGGUAUGAAGCAGUUAUAAAAGCACUCUCUCCAUUCAGACAAAAAGAAGCAGAUAUGACAUCUGGAAUUCAUGAAGAAAAGAAACGAUUAGUUCCAUUAAAGCUAUUCAAUCAAGUUGAUCCAAUGACUCAAAAAUGGAUUGAUGGUAAAAUAUCAAAUUUCCAUUAUUUAAUGUAUUUAAAUACAAAGGCAGGAAGAACAUUUAAUGAUGUGACACAAUAUCCUGUAAUGCCAUGGGUUAUUUCUGAUUAUUCUAGUCAAGAACUUGACCUAAAAAAUCCUCAUAUUUAUCGAGAUUUAUCUAAACCAAUUGGGGCAUUAACACCAGAACGUGCAGAAAAUACCUUAGAACGAUAUGAAGCAGUUAAAGAUAAUCCAGAAAUGGCAUUUCAUUAUGGAAGCCAUUAUACUAGUGUAGGAGUAACAUUAUAUUAUCUUAUUAGAUGUGAACCAUUUUCUCAUUUUGGAAUUGAAUUACAAGGAGGUAAAUUUGAUAGGGCAGAUAGAUUAUUCAAUAGUUUAGAAGAUCUUUGGAAAUUAUUAACUGGACCAACAGUAAAACAAGUAAUGGAACUUAUACCAGAAUUCUUUUAUUUCCCAGAAUUUUUGAAAAACUUUGACCACUUUGAUUUAAAGAAAAGAAAUGAAGGAACUAUUCAAGUAGAUAAUGUUGUACUUCCUCCAUGGGCAAAAGGAUCAUAUAGAAAAUUUGUUAGAACAAAUAUGAUGGCAUUAGAAUCACCUAUUGUUAGUCAACAUCUUAACGAAUGGAUUGAUCUUAUCUUUGGAUUUAAACAAACUGGUGAACCAGCAAUUAAAGCACUAAACUUAUUUCAUCCAUCAUCAUAUGAAGGAGGUAUUGAUAUGAAAAAUGUUGAUGAUCCUAAAUUAAAAGCAGCUUAUGAAGAUAUGAUUAUUAAUUUUGGACAAACCCCAAUUCAACUUUUCAAACAACCCCACCCAAAAAGAAAUACAUUAAAAACUCUAUUUACAUAUGGAAUAUUACUUUCUGAUAGUUGGAAUGUUUUAAUGAUUAAAAAUUAUUCUUAUCCAAUUAAAGCUAUUUCUGUUUCUGUUCAGAAUUUUAAUGGGUUAGCAAGUGGAAUACCAAUUGAAAAAGGAAAUAAAGUGUUAAAUUGGAAUGAAGAAGGAACACUUAGUAUAUAUCAAAAUGGAAAAGUUCUAGGUGUUAUUGAAAAUGUUCAUCCACCUGGAAAAAUUGUUUGUAGUGUAUGUGGUAAUAUUGUUAUUACUGGAGGACAAGCUGGAAUGAUUUGUGUUUUUGAUUGUAGUGUUUCAUUAAAACAAAUAGGAAGAAUUAGAGGACAUAAGGUUGCUGUUACAGCACUUUGUAUUAGUAAAGAUUAUUCAAUAAUAGUUAGUGGUGAUGAAAUGGGAUGUAUUAGUAUUUGGGAUUUACAUUCAUUUAAAAUUAUUCGGUCAUUUGAACAUCAUGCUUGUAUUACACUCAUUAAAAUACAACAUGAGACAGGUGAAAUUGUUACUGUCAGUGAUACAGAUUUUAAACAUUGGACAAUAAACGGUGAAUUAAUUCAACGAGCUGAACUAAGCCAAGUUCCAACAGACGCAUAUUUUGCUCGUAUUCCAGAAUGGAUUCCUUGUCAUGUGUUUAUUACUUCUCAUAAAGAUGGGUCUAUAAAAGUAUGGAGGUUAGAUGAAACAUUAUGUCUCGGUAAUGGUAGUUGUAAUACCCAUGAACAUACUCCAAAAUUAUUAAAAACAUGUAGUGUUCAUAGUAGUGAAAUUACGUGCUUCACAAUAGCAGAUGAUUUUAGUGCAAUGUAUGUUGGAUAUGCUGAUGGUUUAAUUCAAAAAUUGAAAUAUUGGAAAAAAUAUAUCAAAAUGGUUGAAACAGUUGAAAAUAACUUUCUUCAAGAACUUUUAAUGUAUGAAAACGAUGUUGAUAAAGUUGAUAUGUUAAAAGAAAAAGAUAUUCGUAUAAUUGCUUCACAUGGAGGAGGACCAAUUUUAGGAAUAAAAAAACCACGGGCAUUAGUUACAGAUGUUAAUAUUCCAUUGAUUAAAGUAUUUAGAGGAAAUGGAAAAUGGUUAAAAGAAUUUCGUGUAAAUGAAAUUGAUCCAGGAGACACCAUUAAAGAACUUGGAUGGACAUUAAAUUAUCACGUUAUGAUUAUAACUUAUGGACUAAAAUUUUAUUUAUAUAAUUUAGAUGGAGAAUGUUUAGAAAAAGAUAUUAUAGAUACAAAAGAGGCUGAUAUUAAGACUAUAAUGUUUUAUGAUUAUGGAUGUUCAAUGUUUUUAUCAACUAAUAAAAUUGUGUGUAUGGACAUUUCUUUUAAUAAAAGUGAUAUUCAAAUUAAAAGAAAAGAAGUUGGUUGUGUUGCUGAUUGUGUUUGUAUGUGGUAUAAUGUUGCUGAUGACUCAGUUAAAUGUCUUAGUUUUUAUGGAGAAAAAGUGACUCACAUUAAUAUGAAAGAUGGAGCAUGUAAUAACGUUAAAAUGUAUCGAAACAGUAAAAUAUAUAAUGAUUUUAAUAAAACUGAGUCUUGUUUUGUUAAUGCUAAUGGCACAAUGGUUAUUUUAUGUCAAAGUGAUAAAACUGAUGAUAAAAUACUUAAAUUUCAAUCAUUUUCAUAUUUCCCUAGAGAACUUAAAUUAAGUAUAAUUGGAAAUAAAACAACAUACAAUAGAGAUGAAUUAUUUGCACAUGGCUUAUUUUAUUUUAUUGGAGUAGAUAGUUUUCUCUUUCAAAAAUCUCCAAAUGCAUUUGAUGUAACAAAGUACUUUUUAAAAACACAAGAAUCAACACAUUUAUUUAAACGAUAUGAUGAAGUAUAUUUUGUUGGUGAAGAUAAGUCAACUCUCCGAAUUAUUUAUUCAAAAAAUAAUAAAUUUUAUAUAAAAGUGUUUUCAAUUAUUCUUGAGCAAAUGCAAGAUCUUUUAUCAGGCUGUCCUUUAAAAGAUAUUGAAAAAGAAAUUAAUCAAUCAAACCCAAAUAUGGCCAUUCAUAUUAAGUAUUGUGCUUUUGAAAUGUUAAAAGUAUAUGAACAUGAAUUAACUGCACUUAUUCUUCCUAUAUUAUAUCAGGACAUUUCAUUAGAUAAUGAAAAACGUCAGUCUAUCCAAACAAAAUUACUUUAUUUUGGAAUUGAUAAUUUAGCAUCAUCGGCAGUAAUGUUAUCUCCAUUAGAUCCACUUCAAGACAAACUAUUAAAAUGUAUUUCUUAUUUCCUUCCAUUUAUUUCAGACAAAGAUAUUCUCAAAGAGAAACAUAACAUCUAUACAUCUGCUUGUCAUGCUUGCCGUACAUUAAAAACAUUUAGUUCACAUGGAAUAUUAAUGGCUUAUUAUCAAUAUUUAAUUUUAGCAAGAACUGAACGUGGAAAAAAUAAAUUUGGAAGACACACUAAUCAUGAAGUUCUUUUUUGUACUGAGGUAUAUCAUCACCCAAUACAAUCUUUGUUAAUUUCUAUGGAUGAAUUUUCAUUAUGUAUUAAAUGGUGUGAACAAUUAAAAAUAAGCAAAUAUCCAGUUUUAGCAAGAUGGUGUUCAAGAAAACUUCAAUUUGUUGGAUUUACAGAUAAUUUAGAGGAAGGGUGUCAAACAGAUUUAGAAUUAAUUAAACAACGUAUGCAAUUAUUAAGUAAUGACUAUUUGAUCAAAGUACUUUCUGAGGCAGUUCGUUCUCCAAGCGUUGAUGUAUUACUAUUUUUAUCUAAUAUUAAUAAUGUUUGUCGUUCUUUCAUUGUUAAAUCAUUAUUACAUGAUGAACGGUAUUCAAAUGGUCCAAUUAUUUGUGCAAUUUUCCUAGAAUCAGUAUUCUUUUAUGACCAAAGAACAAUUUUUUAUUUUUUCAAGAAAAACUUUGAAAACAAAGCUUGUGUUGUUUCAGAAAAGAAGGAAGAACUUGCUACUAUUAGUGGUUUUAUUAAUAAAUCAUUUAGUGAUGUUCAAUUAACUAAUGGAACAUUAAGAGAACGUUUUCCAGAAGAAUUUCGGGAAAAAUUAGAUGAAAUGACUCAAUUAGAUGGUUCUCGUUUAUUAUGGAGAUAUCUUACAUCAUGGGAAUUAUUUGCAAUGAAAAAUCCAAUGAGUGAAAUGUUUUGUAGAACAAAUAUUCUUUCAUUAGAAAACUUCUUUUUCAGAAAUUUUGAAAAUACUAAUUUACCAUUAAAAUAUUCUAUUGAUAAAACUGAUGGAGAAUGGUUUUAUUAUUAUAAUAACCAAAGAGGAAAUGAUAUUGUCAUUCAAACUGCUCAACAAAAUGCUGUUAUUGCUGAAAAAUUCAAAUCAGCAGAUUUUGAAUCUAAAGUACAAGAACAACAAAAAAAUGCAAAUGGUAGAAGAGAAGCUAGAAAACCCAAAUUAAUGAAGUCAGUAUUUACAAUGUUAUGUGACAUUCUUCAAAAUAUUAAUUAUAAUCCACAAGACAUAGAAUUAAUUAAAAAAGAAACUGGAUGUUCUGAUAAAAUGGUUUUACGAGCAGAACUAACAGUUAUUAGUGAAAUGUCAGAAGGGAAUCCAGAAGCAAGAGAACGAUUAAGUAAAUAUGUUGAUUUAAAGAAAACUCUUUUACCAUGGAGUUGUUUUGUAAAAGUUGCUCAUGACAUGAAAUUGAAAACUGAAAGAGAUAUUUUUUUGAAUAAACUUGAAUCAACUGAAGAGCGUGUCAAAUUAUUGGCUGAAAUUAAUGAUUUCAAUUAUGCAAUAGAAUUGGCUGAAAAGAGUAAACCAUUAAUGGAAUUAUUACAAAGACUAAACCCAUUACGUGACGAACAAAUUACAAAUAAAAUUAAUACUAUUCUUGAAAAAUUCAAUGCCCCAGAAUCUGCUAUUCAAUCGGAACAAUCAACUCAAUAA